AAGGCUCCAAAAGAUGGCUGUAUUUUAUCCUCUGAUUGGCUGCCUGUGCAUUGUCAGACAGGGGCAGCCAGUGUGGAGUGCUCUUAUUGGCUGAGGCACAGCUGCAGUGAGGUUGCAGCUUUUUUCUCUGCAUCACUUUUUGCCGGCUAUAGAUGCAGCCAACCUGCAGCAGCUUGCAGGACGGGCCAAGAAAUACUAGCACUUAAAACUUGAAACCCUAGAAAUAGGUUUGUUGUGAGGAUUUCACCUUCUUCCAGUUAAGUUGUCUUUGUUCAUGUUUUAGCUACUGUUCAGUGUGUAAUGGGUGUGGAGUGAAGAGGGUUUUUUUUCUGCAUCUUUUUGCAUGAUUGUGCACUCCGCAAAGAACAUGUUUUGGAAAAGUGUAUUGGUGAAUUUGUUUUGGAAAGAUGCCGUAAGUUUGCAAUGUUUUUGAGGUGAUUUUGAGAGCGGGUUAAUUGGAACUUUUCAUUCGCUGCAUUUCAAAGUUUUGACUCCGUCACCGGGUUACUGUGGAAAUGCUGUUGGAUAUGCCAGUAAGCUUUGGAAAUUGUGUGGCAGUGUCCUCAUCUGUCCUCAUCCUCCUGGCCUGUCGGAGCAGUUUCUCUCUAUAUGCACUUUAAACAGCUGUAGAUUUUAAUUGAUAGUUCUUGAGAAGACCAAGAAAAAACUCCCCACAGCUGGAUGUUGUGAUUUGAUCAAGUACACAAACAGACUUGGAGCAUCUUCACAAAGAUGCUCAAGGAACUUUGGGCAACCCUUUUCCAGUGGUUUCUGGGAGUAACAGCGUGCGAAUAUGAUACCGCAGGGCAACCAGAUGCACUUAAGGAACAAAACUUAGAAAAUGCUGCAAAAAAGGAAGGCCAGAGAGAACAAGGGACACAGGACGAUUCAGACGGUCAAGAAAAGAGUACAGUGUCCCCAAAGAAAACUACAGUGCUGGUUAUGGUGGCGCCUCCUAAGGAUCUUCAGCAGAAAAUCGUCAAGGCUGGAGACAAAGACUUGGAUGGUCAGUUGGACUUUGAGGAGUUUGUGCACUACCUGAGGGACCAUGAGAAGAAACUGAGGCUGGUUUUCAAGAGCCUUGACAAAAAGAACGAUGGUCACAUAGAUUCACAGGAGAUCAUGCAGUCUCUAAGAGACCUUGGGGUUCAUAUAUCUGAGGAACAGGCUGAAAAGAUCCUCAAGAGUAUGGAUAAAAACGGUACGAUGACGAUUGACUGGAACGAAUGGAGAGAUUACCACCUGCUUCAUCCUGCUGACAACAUUCCUGAAAUCAUCCUCCACUGGAAACACUCGACGAUAUUUGAUGUUGGGGAAAGUUUGAUGGUCCCUGAUGAGUUUACGGCAGAGGAAAAGAAAACGGGGAUGUGGUGGCGACACCUGGUAGCAGGAGGGGGAGCAGGUGUUGUGUCCCGUACCUGCACCGCACCCCUGGACCGCCUCAAGGUCCUCAUGCAGGUUCAUGCAUCACACAGAAACAACAUGGGUUUCGCCGGAGGAUUCACACACAUGAUCCGUGAGGGUGGACUCCGGUCGCUGUGGCGAGGGAACGGUAUCAACGUUUUGAAGAUUGCACCCGAGACUGCUAUCAAGUUCAUGGCGUAUGAGCAGAUUAAGCGGCUGAUUGGCAGUAAUCAGGAGACGCUGGGGAUCCUGGAGAGACUGGUGGCUGGGUCUCUAGCAGGAGCUAUAGCUCAGAGCAGCAUCUACCCCAUGGAGGUUAUAAAAACUCGUCUUGCCCUGGGAAGGACGGGUCAGUACUCUGGGAUCACGCACUGUGCUAAACAUAUAUUUAAGAAGGAGGGACUGAGAGCCUUCUAUAAAGGUUAUAUUCCCAACAUGCUGGGAAUCAUCCCUUAUGCAGGAAUAGACCUGGCUGUUUAUGAGACAUUAAAAAACUGGUGGCUCCAGAGGUUUGCUACAGACAGUGCUGAUCCAGGUGUGUUUGUGCUGCUAGCCUGUGGAACAAUGUCUAGUACCUGUGGACAGUUAGCAAGCUACCCUUUAGCCUUAGUGAGGACACGGAUGCAGGCUCAGGCUUCUCAGGAAGGCAGUCCUCAGAUGACCAUGACUGGUCUCUUCAGACACAUCGUGAGGACAGAGGGCGCUAUUGGACUCUAUAGAGGCUUGGCGCCCAACUUUAUGAAGGUCAUUCCUGCUGUUAGCAUCAGCUACGUGGUGUAUGAGAACCUAAAGAUCACUCUUGGCGUUCAGUCCCGGUGAGGGGAACCCGAAGACUGUUAAGAUCCUAAAAGGCUUUUGAAUUUCCUCGCAACUUUUCUUUUGAACUACUGAAUGAGAUCGUCCAAGAGAGCAGGUUUGCACUCGGAGAACUGGAGCAAGAGCUAUGCGUCAAAGAGGUUUGACUUUAUUUGGUGAAUGGAAGAGUACCUGGAAUAUAUGAGACCACGUGCAUAGAAAAACUUUCAGAUCAAUACCUCGGCAUACAAUGCAAUCCUAGCUGUAAGUAAAAUGUGAGCAUCUCAAAAUGGCAUCAGUAUUGGAUCUAGACACUCGCUUAUUCCACUCCUGUGUUUGCUAUAUUAUAGUAGGGACCAAGAAUGUGAAAGACAUUUUAAAAACUGCUUUAUGGAAAUGACACAGCAUCCACUAAUUUAUCAUUUAAAGUGCACAACUGGAAUUGAAUUCACUAAAGGCUUUGGUAAAGACCAUGCUAAAAAUCCUGGUGUGAUCUCUUCAGAUGACUGAAUCAUCGUUCCACUGGAUGGCAGUGUUCAGACGCCCACAAACUUGCAUUUCAUUCAAGUAAUUUUACUCAUUUACUUUACUCCCUCAUCCUAUUACAUUAAUUGGCGUGCCAGUUUUCGCAUCUUGAAAAGUAUAGUAUAACAAGGGAAAUAUUUGAAAUAUGUCUUACACAUCAAAUGGUCCCAGUGAUAUGUUGAGGAUUUUUUUUUUAAUGUUGUUUUAUUAUUUAUUUUUGAUUUAUGGUUACUAUUAAAAAUUUGAGCACGCUAUAUAUGUGCACUCACUCCCCAUGAUGACUGGCAGCUAAUCCAGCGUUAUAAAACAAAGAAAGAAAGUGUUUUAAAACUCUGGGGUCAGUUGGAGAAGAAAUCCAGAUGUGGAUCAAGUGUGAAAUGACCUGGGUGUGAGAAUUCAGCACCAGCUGAAAUUUAGCGGGUAGAGUUCUGUGUCUAGACAGACACUGUCCGUCCGCUCUGAAGUUGAAGAAGGCAAUGCUACAAAUGGAUUUGUUUUUACAUUCAAACAAUUCUUGUUCAUUCAUUCAUGAAUGAUCUGCAUGACUGUAGUGUAAAUACAGUUUCUUACCAGUAUUAGUUUGCAAGGAUUUCAUACAUGACUAUAACACUCUGAUUUAAACUCUCUCUAGUCGAGGAACAUAUUUAAGCACUUUAUUUUAAUAAAAUUAAACCAGACUUGAAUUUUUAGGAGGGUUUCCAAUGGAAUGAUAGUAUUCAGUAAUUGUAGUGGCUGUGAUUUUAAGUAGAUAUUAUUUUUCAGCAUUUGUGUUUAAUGUUCGUAUUAGGUUGGGGGACCGUUUUUGUAAAGGAAACACUAAAGUUUAGGUUAGGAUCUCUUUUGAAAAAAAUCAAAUGUAGUUGACUCGACUCUGCAGCAGUAGGCAAGUAUCUUGUUUAUUUGCAUAUGAAAUAUUUCAGGAUUAGCACCCUGAUGUGCAUUUUGACUGACAAGGAAAAAAAUAAGUUGCACUUACAGCAAUUGCAUGUUAAGUGCAAAAACCCACCAGUUCAAUGGCUUGUCGCCCUUUGUAAUUCUACAAGACCAUAGUGUUAAUAUAGUUGCCUUAUUUAUGAAUAAAAUAACGCUGCUUUUCGACUACUUGGGGGAAACGUAAGGAGAUGGCGUUAGUGUCAGACUGAAAUCUUUCUCUAAUGAUUUGAUUCUCAGGUCUCAGAUACUCCUGAGACUCUUCUCUAUUGAGAUAUGUUUCUAAGUUGUAUGCAGAGUUUGUGAAAGCUUAGGAUCAGUUUGCCUUUCUCAAGCCUCUUAAGCAGAAAAUAAAUGACUUGGGUCAGUGAAAAACAGCAAACACCCUUCUGUGUCCUAAUGGUGGUUGAAUGGAAGUCCGCUGUGGCCCGAUUCCCUUUGAAUCAGUUCAGUCUUUGUAAUGCAUGUAUGUGUGUCUCGUCUGAAAAUGCACAAAUUGCACUGCAGAGACAUUACAGGGCUUUAAAAACUGUAUUGCCUGCCUCAUAAUGGAUGCAGCUUGUGUUUUGUUUGUUUUGCAUUUUGCACCUUUUUUCAGUUUCUCACAGGAGAAAUCUUUGGACUCCUCUGGACUUGUGAGCUCGACCCAUUUGUGUGGUUUUCCUGAGACUAAAGGCUUUAGAUUUGUAUGUGUUUGUGGCGUUCAGCACAAUCGAGGAAUGCCGUCCUUUGAGACUGCCUGCAAUCUAUUGCCUUACUGUUCAGCUGGAAGUUAGUGAGUGUAAAUGCACCACGUUCACUACAUGUAUAUCAAUAUGUACUGUUGCUGGGGUCCCCCGAGUAUCAUAAACAUACACGCUAAUCAAAUAUCCAGAUAUUUGUACUGCAAAACAUAUCUAGAUGUGAUGACACAUCUGUGAAGUUUAAUUAAUGCAGAGAUGUGCAAAUCAAUGCAAAUCCAUGUUUACUGGACAAAAAAGGAAAUAAGAAACGAUGUCUUCUUAAAUGCAGAAAUUGAAUGUAAAGCGAAAAUAUUUAUGUUUGUAAAAUAACUGUUAAAUAAAGUUAUUCUUCAUUAUGUUCAUGGAA